AAAACGGCUGCAAAAGUCGCCCGGAAAAUAAAUAAAUGCUAAUAAAUAUAAUGAUCACAGCGGCGUAAUAAGCACGCGUGCCACUCUGUCUGUGCUGUGUUCCCACCGCACCGCCUACCCCGCGCCGCAGCAGCCGCCGGAGACGCGCUAGAUCGCGCUGAAUUGUCAAUAAUUGUCAUCACAUUACCGAUGAAUAAGUGCCUCUGUGCGCGACUGUGUGCGAGUGUGUGUGCGUGCGUUACACCCACCUUGAGAGAAACAACAACAACAAAGCUGGGCGAGAAAACAAACAAACGGCGGCGAUAACGCUGAACACGACUCCACAACUCCGAUUCCGCCACGGUCGCGCUGCCCAAUAGCAGGGUCACCCGGCCAGUUGCAGUGGCUCACCAUCGCCAUCGUCCUCGGCCCUCGUCAUUAGAAAACAAACAGCCAGCUCUACCAGUCGCAGUCCAGCAGAAAAUCGAAGAGCUCCCCAUUCCCAGCCGACGAACACCCGCAGCAGACGAACAAAAAUCGCGCUGGGCGUUCGCGCCAACUAUAAAUAGAAAAGAGCAACGACGCAGCCAACUGUCCAUACUGCCCGUAUCCAUAUCUGCAUACAUUUAUCGACGCCGCAGAAGAAACCGCUCGAGUAUUACCCUUCAUUCCGAGAUUAGCGCAGCGAUCUCUUGGCAAACAGGCGGCGCAGGAGGAUAUAGCUGGGCAGGGAAAACGGAGGCGCACUUAGAAACUUUAUCAGUAAGCAGGAGACGGGGGAAAUGGACACGUUGAGCGAGGCAGUGGCCAAUGGAACCGCUACGGCGGCCACCAGAACGACCAAGGACAUUGUGAAGGAGCGCUUCAAGGAGGACGAAACCAUAGAAUACAUAUUCGAGGCGUAUCAGAUCAAAGGUCAUGAGUACUCCAAUCGCCUACUGGCACUGGUCACAUCGCAGUCGGGCGGCACGUUCGCCAUCAUCGCCUUCUCCUACUUGCGCACUCCGCUGACCGCUGCGAACGAGCUGAUCGUCAACAAGGUGUUCGCCAUCGACCACAAUUUCCAGUUGCGACAGGACAGCAAGACCUCGAUCACCACGCAACAGUUUGACCUGUCCACAGCCGAGGAUGGGCCCAUCAAGUACUACUACUAUGCCACGGAGAGCGACCACUACGAGGAGUUUGUGGCCAAGGUGAUUUCCUUCAAGAGCACCAUGGCACAGCAUGAUCCCGAGACGGUGCUUAACUUCAGGUGGCUGAACGACUACCGGCAAAUCGGCGAAGUGAAGCAGGAGCUGAAGAAGCGGGAGAGCGAGUACAUUGUCUACAAGGACAUCAUAAUCUACUGCGCCACUUGGAAUGUGAACAACAAGACCUGCUGCGACAGCAGCAAUCCACUGCGAGCCUGGCUGGCAUGCAGUGAAAAGCCGCCGGACAUCUACGCGAUUGGACUGCAGGAGCUGGACACACCCACAAAGGCUAUGUUGAACUCCACCCAGAUGCAGGCCCUCGAGAAGCAGUGGAUCGAUAAUAUGAUGGAGAGCGUUCACCCAGACGUGGAGUACGAGAUCCUAAUGUCGCACCGCCUGGUGGCCACUAUGUUGACGGUCAUUGUGCGCAAGCAGCUGCGACAGCACAUCAUCCGUUGCCGGCCCAAGUCGGUGGCCCGCGGCAUCUUCAAUACGCUUGGCAACAAGGGCGGCGUCGCCAUCAGCCUGCAGCUCAACGAGGGCAACAUCUGCUUCGUGAACUCUCACCUGGCGGCCCACAUGGGCAACGUUGAAGAGCGGAAUCAGGACUACAACGCCAUCGUGGAGGGCAUACGCUUCGACGACGGACGAACAAUCAGUGACCAUGAUCACAUCUUCUGGCUGGGCGAUUUAAAUUACCGCAUUCAGGAGCCGCCUGGCCAACAGCGACCAGGACCACUGAGCGAUGCCCAGACGUACGAGCUGCUCCUGCAGUACGACCAGCUGCGUCAGGAGAUGCGGCGAGGAAAGUGCUUUGAGGGCUACACCGAGGGCGAGAUCAAGUUCCGGCCGACGUACAAGUAUGAUCCGGGCACGGACACCUACGACAGCAGCGAGAAGCAGCGUGCGCCGGCCUACUGCGAUCGAGUGCUCUGGAAGGGCACGCGCAUCGAGCAGCUGGUCUACAACAGCAUCAUGGAGAUUCGCCAGAGCGAUCACAAGCCCGUGUACGCCGUGUUUCAGGUGAAAGUGAAGACGCGCGACGAGAUCAAGUACAAACGGGUCCAGGAGGAGGUGCUGAAGGCAGUGGACAAACGGGAGAACGACAACCAGCCGCAGAUCAAUGUCGAGAAGACGGUCAUCGAUUUCGGUACAGUGCGUUUCAACGAGCCGAGCACACGGGACUUCAACGUCUAUAACAACUGCCCACUACCUGUGGACUUCAGUUUCAAAGAGAAGGACAUACACGCCAUCUGCGAGCCAUGGCUGCAUGUCGAUCCGCGCCAGGACUCGCUGCUGAUCGACUCCGCCCGAAGCAUACGGCUAAAAAUGAACGCCAAUGUGCGGACUAUUGCCGGAUUGCUGCGCAAGAUCCGCGCCAGCGACAACUUCGAUAUUCUCAUCCUUCACGUGGAGAACGGGCGGGACAUCUUCAUCACGGUUACCGGCGACUAUCAGCCCAGUUGCUUUGGCCUUUCCAUGGAGACGAUGUGCCGCACCGAUCGACCACUAAGCGAGUACUCUCAAGAUCAGAUUAAGCAGCUGAUGAAUGACGAAUCACCGGAAUACCGUGUGACGAUGCCCCGGGAAUUCUUUCUGCUGAUCGACUACCUGUACAGGCAGGGCUCCAAGCAGGUGGGCGCCUUCCCGUCCUAUGACUCGCGUCUCUCCCUCGGCGCUCAGUUUAAUUCGGUGCGCGACUGGUUGGACACCUGGUCGGAUGAUCCGUUCCCUGCCAACGCCGAGACGGCUGCGCAAGCGCUGCUGCUUUUGCUGGAUCUGCCGGAGCAGGCGCUGCUGGAGCCGGUGGUCGAGAAUCUGCUGGAGUGCACCAACAAGUCGCAGGCCAUGGACUACAUUUCGCUGUUGAGCCCUCCGAAGCGCAAUGUUUUCAUGCACCUGUGUAUGUUCCUGCGCGCUGGCAUCGAGAGUCAGUUCUACGAUCUGCAUCAAGUCGCCUCCACCUUUGGCCGCAUUCUGUUGCGCAGCACCGAGCGUGCCGCCUGGAUGGACUACCACAGCCGGUGCAAUCAGUUCAUGAGGCUCUUCAUCGACACCGACGUCGAGGCGAUGGGCAACGGCAAUGAGGGCGCCGGAACUGGAACAGGCUCCGGAUCCGGGAACCGGGCCGGUCUGCAGGCAUAGAACCGGAUAUCGCGCGCGAUAGAUGUACUCUGUUGAUAGUUACGCAUAGUGUUUAGGCUAUUUAUUUUACUUGUUGGUACUUUGUUGGCACUUAGCAUUUAUGUUUUCUCUGUUUUAACUGUUAAUUGUUUGUGCCCGCCCUCCGUUCAUUCCAACUCGGUUGUCCCCGCCUGCAUCACAAAUCCACGGAGACACGGAACCAGCAACGCAAAGAUAAAUGAAUUGUGUAAAUAAGUUAUUCGAAAUGUGUGCUGCACACGCGUUAAGUCGAUGUUUCGUUCAGCACGAUUGCUUGUUAGUUUAGAUUAAUGAAGUGACCCUCUUACAUCCCCGUUUCAGUUGUAACUGAAAAAUAAAUGAACACCGUUACAUACAGUA